UGGGCCCCGACCCCCGACCCCCGGCCCCCGACCCCCGGGCCCGGGGAGAGCAGGAGCAGGAGGAGGCCGGGCUGGGAAGGCCAGCGGAGCAAGGCGAUGGGGCAGCCCCAGCAGGAGAGCUGCCUGCUGGAGCUAGGGGCCGGGGAGCGCCUCCUGGACCCGGGAUUCCAGCAGCGCUUGGAAGAUGAGAAGGAGCUGAUCCGCAGGGCCAUCCAGAAGGAGCUGAAGAUCAAGGAGGGCGCCGAGAACCUCCGCAAGGCCGCCACCGACCGACGUCACCUGGGCCACGUGGAGCGACUCCUCCGCUCCUCCAACCGCAAGCUGGAGCAGCUGCACUGGAGCCUGCGGGAGCUCAACGCCCGCAUCCUGCUGCCCGACCGGGCCGAGGGCCGGGACGGCCCUGCCGUCUCUCCAGAUCCCGGCCGCCGGGAGGAGAAGCCGGUGGCCCGGAGGGUGGAGGCGCUGAGGAAGCAGCUGCAGGUGGAACUGAAGGUGAAGCAGGGGGCGGAGAACAUGAUCCAGAUGUACGCCAACGGCACGCCUAAGGAACGCAAGCUCGUGGCCACGGCCCAGCAGAUGCUCGGGGACAGCAAGCUGAAAGUGGAACUGCUGCGCAUGCAGAUUGGGAAGCUGGGAGCCGGGGAGGCCACCGAGCCCGCGGCUGGGGCCGGGCGCGGGGAGCUGCGUGUGGAGGAGCUGCGACAUCGGCUGCGCAUCGAAGCGGCCGUAGCCGAGGGUGCCAAGAACGUGGUAAAGCUGCUGGGAGGGCGGCGGCUGCAGGACCGCAAGGCACUGGCCGAGGCCCAGGCCAGGCUGCGUGAGUCCUCCCAGAAGCUGGACCUCCUGCGGCUGUCCCUGGAGCGGCUGGCCGCCGAACUGCCGCCCACCCACCCCACGCGGAGCCUCGUGGCCCGGGAGCUGAGGGAGGGGACCCCCGGGAGCCUCCGCUCCCCCACGGCGCUCGGCAAACCCACGGCCCUUACAGGGACCCUGGAGGUGCGACUGAUCGGGUGCCAGGAGCUACUGAGGGCAGUGCCAGGCCGGUCCCGCGUGGCCACGGUGCUGGGGAGCCCAGGAGAGAGCCGGCCCUGGAGCCGAGGAGCCAAGCCAGCGCGGACUGGGGAGCUGGCCAACGAGGUCCUGGCGGUGCUCAAAGUAGACAACCGUGUGGUCGGACAGACGGGCUGGGGGCCGGUCAGCAAACAGGGGUGGGACCAGAACUUCCUGAUCCCCUUGGAGAGGUCUCGCGAGCUGGAGAUCGGGGUGCAGUGGCGGGACUGGCGGGAGCUGUGUGCCGUCACCUUCCUACGGCUGGAAGACUUCCUGGACAAUGAACGCCACGGACUGAGCGUGCCGCUAGAGCCCCAGGGCCUGCUCUUCGCUGAGGUGACAUUCUGUGACCCCGUCAUCCAACGGAGGCCCCGGCUGCAGAGGCAGAAACGCAUCUUCUUCUCCAAGCAGCGGGGUCAGGACUUCCUUCGCGCCUCCCAGAUGAACGUAAACAUCGCUACGUGGGGGCGGCUGAUGUGGGGCUUGCUGCCUCCCUGUGGGUCUCCAAGCAGCCCGCUCAGCCCCCCAAAUCGGACCCCCGGCCACGCUCCCGCAGCCCGGGUCGCCUCUGCCCCUGCCUCCUCUAGCCCCUUCCCGCUGACGCUGGAGGAGGAGGAGCCCCCACCCAAGCCCCCGCGCCUCUUCCUGCCUCUGGAGCCGGUCACCGGGGACUCUCCGUGCACCAAACGCCCGCACAUGGAGGAUGGGAGAAGCAGUAGCAGCAGUAGCCACAGAGCGGGGCAGACCCAAGCCUCCUGUCCCAGCAGGACAAUCCCCCAGCUCCAGGACUUCCGCUUUGUGGCUGUGUUGGGCCGGGGCCAUUUUGGGAAGGUGCUCCUGGUUCAGGCCAAGGGGACGGGACGACACUAUGCCAUUAAAGCCCUGAAGAAGCAGGAGAUCCUGAGCCGCGAUGAGAUGGAGAGCCUGCAUUGUGAGAAGCGGAUCCUGGAGGUGGUGGGCCUCGCCGGGCACCCUUUCCUCCUGCCUCUGCUGGCCUGCUUCCAGACGCCCAGCCACGCCUGCUUCGUCACAGAGUUUGCGCCUGGCGGGGACCUGAUGAUGCGUAUUCACGCCGAUGUCUUCCCCGAGCCCGAUGCCCGGUUUUACUCGGCCUGCGUGGUGUUAGGGCUACAGUUCCUACAUGAGAAGCGGAUUGUCUACAGGGAUCUGAAGCUGGAUAACCUGCUGCUGGAUGCCCAGGGUUUUGUGAAAAUCGCCGACUUCGGGCUGUGCAAGGAGGGAAUGGGCUUCGGCGAUCGAACCAGCACUUUCUGCGGCACCCCGGAGUUCCUGGCCCCCGAGGUGCUGACGGACGAGUCCUACACGAGGGCGGUGGACUGGUGGGGCCUGGGGGUCCUGCUCUACGAGAUGCUGGUGGGAGAGUGCCCGUUUCCCGGAGACACGGAGGAGGAGGUGUUCGACAGCAUCGUCAACGAGGAGGCACCCUACCCCCACUUCCUGUCGGUGGAGGGACUUGGACUCAUCUGCAAGCUUCUCCAAAAGUGCCCCAAGCAGCGCCUGGGUGCAAGUGAGCGUGAUGCAGAGGAGGUCAAGGUCCAGCCCUUCUUCAGGGUGACGGACUGGGCCGCAUUGCUGGCCCGCCGGGUCCAGCCUCCGUACGUGCCCCCGCUCCGGGGCCCGGCCGACGUGCGCCACUUCGACCGAGAGUUCACCGUGCUUCCUCCGGCACUGACUCCCCCCAAUCCCCGCUGCCUCCUCACCCCCCGCCAGCAGGCAGCCUUCCAGGGCUUUGACUUUGUCUCUGACCGCUUCCUGGAGGCCUGAGGGGAGUCGGCGUCUCUCCCUCCACCCCCACCCCGCCGCAGCCGGGGCUGACCGAGCCCCGAGUUCCCUUCCUGCUUCACCUGUGGCAGAAGGCCCCCAGUCCCAGGAAAGCCCCGGGGCUCCCUGCCGGCCCCCCGCUCAUUUUCAUCUCUGGUCUCUGCACUGUUGACCCCAACCCUGGGACCCAACUGCCUGGUCCUCCCCUCGGCUCCAAGCCCCUUGGCUGCAGCGGGAGGGGCGUGUUUGUGCGUAUGCCCGUGGGGCGGCACGGAGGGGUAGGAAGAA